AUGACGGGGCUGGAAAAAUUAUAUUACAAUCCCACGCAUUACGCUGGAUACUCUGCAGUGGAGAAUCUGGUGCGAGCCUCUAAUCCUGCUUUCGAUCGCCGCUUUGUUGUACGCUGGCUAGAAUCGCAAGACGCAUAUACUUUGCAUCGCUCGAUACAUCGUAAAUUUCAACGUUUGCAUUAUAAUGUAACAAAUAUCGACGAUGUAUGGAAAGCUGAUUUAAUCGAUCUUCGUAAUCUAAAAAAUUACUACAACAAUUAUUCUUACUUAUUAACAGUUAUUGAUGUGCUUAGCAAAUACGCCUGGGUGCAACCACUGCGCGAUAAAUCAGCGAACUGUGUUAUACGCGCUUUCCAAAAUGUAUUCUCGAAAAACGGAGGACGGAUACCCGUAAAUUUACAGACUGAUAAGGGCAAAGAAUUUGUUGCGCGAACGGUGCAGGAGUUUUUAAAAAAUAAAAAUAUACACUUUCGUGUAGUACGUAAUCCUGAUGUCAAAGCGACCGUGAUUGGACGUUUUAACAGAACGCUUAAAGAAAGAAUGUGGCGGUAUUUUACAUAUAAAAAUACACGGUGUUAUAUUGAUAUUUUGCAAGAUCUUGUACACGCUUACAAUCAUACUCGCCAUUCUACUACAAAAAUGGUGCCUGCUGGUGUUACAUUAGAAAACGCUAGUAUUGCGCGUAAAAAUAUGGAGCAGCGAUACGCCGAAAAAAAUCGCUUUUGGAAAAACCGAAGAAUUAAAUACAAAGCAGGCAAUUAUGUACGUGUUAGUAGAGCUAAAGUAGCCUUCGAGAAAGGAUAUGAAGCAAAGUGGAGCGAAGAGAUAUUUAAAAUUUAUCGCGUGCUAACGUGGCGCAAACCCCCAGUGUAUGAAUUGUGCGAUUUAGCGGAUGAAGUUAUAGAUGGANUUUUUUAUGAACAGGAAUUAGUUCCGGUUAAUAAAAAUUUGAGAAAAGAAGUAUUUAUUGUUGAUUGCGUGAUAAAAAGUAAAGAUCGCGGUCCUAAUAAGCAAUUAUUAGUUAGCUGGCAAGGCUAUCCCUCUAAAUUUGACUCCUGGAUUCCGGCCACGAGUUUACAUUCCCUUCAGCAAGAUGAACGAUCAAUUUCUCAUGGUUCUUCCGAGCAAUAG